AUGUUCUCAACUGACGCAAUGUCGUCCCCGUCUCCCAAGAAGAAGCCCGACCACUUAGGCGAUUUCACAGCCGGCGAAAUGAAGCUCAUCAUGGCCAGUGUCCUGUGCACCCCAGGAAAGCUUGACACCAACAAACUCGGAAAGCUGACCAACAUGAAGAGAAAUUCGGCAGCAAGCCGAUUUCCAUCUGUGAAACGAAAGCUCGAAAAGAUGUUCGAGGCUCAACUGAACACUCUGGACGAGCAGAAUAAUACCCCUGUGGAUGACAAUUCUCUCCCCAAAAGCCGCGCAAAAAAGCGUCGUGACAAAGUUACAGAACCACAGCCCGAGGCUGAAGUUGAGAACAAGACCAACGCUGGAUCUGGAGAAAGCUUUGAUUUUCCCGUGAAAAUGGAGAUCAAAGCUAAACCUGAAGAUGAUAUCGAAGAUCUGUGGAAGUUCAAUGCCGAUCUUAUGGACAUCAAGCCUGAACCUGUGGACUAG